UUUUUUUUAUCAAACAUCAUCUUUCAACAACACCAACAUCCCACCAACAAAGAUUUUGUAGCAAAAUUCACCUUCUAUCAUCAACUUGUUGGAAAAUUUCACAUGGCUUUUUCAUUUUCUUUCACUUUAUGAUGAUGGUGAUGAUCUUGAAUAGUUGAAUAUCCCCUUGUUCAGUUCUUGAUGAACCAUUGAUGAAAUGAGGAUAAUUGGAAGAAAAAUAUUCAACCCAAGUGAGAAAAUUGAACAACAAACCAUAAAGUUGAAAUCUUUUUACAAUUUCCUCACAUACCCAGAAACAUUUUCUUGUUAAAUUAUCAGCAUUGUAAAGAUGAGGAAACAUGGAUGGCAACUUCCCUAUCAUCCUCUUCAGGUGGUAGCUGUUUCUGUAUUUUUGGCAUUGGGUUUUGGUUUCUAUGUGUUCUUUGCUCCUUUUGUUGGUAAAAAGAUGUACCAAUAUGUUGUAAUGGGGAUCUACACUCCUCUUAUUGUAUCUGCAUUUGGAUUGUACAUAUGGUGUGCUGGUGCUGAUCCAGCAGAUUCGGGUGUUUUCAAGUCGAAAAAGUACGUUAAGACCCGUAAUAACAAAACAGGUGGUGGAAUUAAAGAAUCUAAACUUGGUGGUGUAUCAACAUUAUCGGUACAAGAUGCGAAUGCUGCAAGUGUUGGAGAGAAACAUUCGAUCAAGAACCGUAACGAUCAAGAUUCAAGAACAGAAGAUAAUGCGUCUGAAACUGUCGAAAACGUGUCGAAACGGCCUUGCUUUUUGGCGUUGAUUCCUUGUGCUUUGAUGUGCCAUUGCUCGAGUUCAAACGAUGAAUCUUCUGAACUUCAAACGAGCGAAGAUGGCAUGUUUUAUUGUAGUUUGUGCGAAGUUGAGGUUUUCAAGUACAGUAAGCAUUGUAGAGUUUGUGACAAAUGUGUCGAUCGGUUCGAUCAUCAUUGCAGGUGGUUGAAUAACUGUGUAGGCAAGAAGAACUACAGGAAAUUCUUUACUCUUAUGAUCUCUGCUCUUCUUCUACUCAUACUUCAAUGGUCAACUGGAAUUGUGGUGUUGAUAUGUUGUUUUCUUGACCACGAGAGAUUCAACUUAGACAUUGCUACCAAGCUCGGAAGCAGUUUCUCAUUGGUGCCUUAUGUUAUAGUCGUGGCGGUGUGCACUAUUUUGGCUAUGAUCGCAACGCUGCCACUUGUUCAGCUAUUCUUCUUUCACAUUCUUCUAAUAAAGAAGGGAAUCAGCACAUAUGAUUACAUCAUAGCAUUAAGAGAGCAAGAUCUGCAAGAAGUUGGUGGUCAACAAAGUCCUCAAAUGUCACCCGCAAGCUCUCUCACCGGUUUAAGCAGUGUCAGCUCGUUCAAUAAUUUCCGUCAAGGAGCUUGGUGUACGCCCCCACGCCUGUUCGUUGAAGAUCAGUAUGAUGUAGUUCCAACCGACACCGGUUCAGUUAGCUCAUUAGGGAAGAAGACAGUAGACGAGCCUAUCAAGAAAAAGAACACCACAGCUGUAAAGAUCAGCCCGUGGACGUUGGCCCGUUUGAAUGCAGAUGAGGUAUCGAAAGCUGCCGCAGAAGCCCGAAAAAAGUCAAAAAUCAUACAGCCCAUUUCAAGAAAAGAAGCCCAACAGACCGGCCCGUACGGGCUUGAAAGGGACAACAGCGUUGGAAGCAGUGAACGUCGGAUGUUCUCGAGACUUGACAAUAGCCAAAGAAGAGGAAGCAUGCGUGCCCGCCUUCAAGAACAUUUGCAGCACGUAGAACAUCCAUCACUGAGCAAUAAUAUCGGAAAUGAUAGAAUAACGGGCCAGGGUUUCUCGAGUUUGGCCCCUUUGCAGAUCGAGGCCCGUAGUGUUUUCCAGCCCAUGGGUUCGACCAAUAUUGUAGAAUCCUCACCAGACACUACUAGUAGCUUAGACUCACCUGAUAUUCACCCGGUGAGGAUCUCUUCUGGAGCCGAUGAGGCUAGGAAACCGGUCUCGGUAGCUCAGGAGAUGGCUGGGGUCAUGCCACUGUCUAGAUCCACUAGUGGCGGUUAUGACGCAUCGGGUGGUGAAGAUAGUGACCGUGUCCCGUCUUGGUUGGUUCAAAGAUCUGGAAACUGGAGUGCACGGGUUUUUGGCGGUGAACUAGAUGAAAGGGUUGCAAGAUUCAAGACGGCAUCGUCUUCAACAUCUACUUAUCCGAAUGAAAGAAAGAUAUGAACUCAUUUCGUGAUUCUUUGAUCGGUGUUGGCCUGUUUUUUGCAUCUUUUUCAUGGCCUGUUUCUUUCUUUGAACUCCAUGAGACUGCAUGUGUUCCAAGAAUGAAACAACUCCAUGAAAUGCUUCUUGAAUCUCUAAUAGAUCUUGCUCAAUCAAAAUGUUGCCGAAACGUUUAAGCUGUAAAA